AUCAGACCCAACAAGAAACAAAGUCUUAAGCUUUGCUCGGCAGUCUCCAGCGCCACCACUAAACUCUUGAGCUUUAGCUCUCUGAUCUCCGUUCCAAGUCAACCCACGUUUCUACAUUCACAGAGAGACCAUCAGGGUUCUGAGACAUUGUGGAUAUCAGAACAUUCUGUUACGCUAGAGUUGGUUAUUGGUCUCAAGCUCAGAUCCUGGUGAAAUGAAGAUACUAAAGACUGAUGUUGGAGCACUUAACAAUUUUGAAGUGCUCGAAUUCCUAAAAUCGAAAGGGGCUUCAACCAAUGAUAUAGCUCGGCUGGCAAAAGUAAAACCAUCUGAGUAUAAGGUUUUCGAUUAUGUGGUUAAUACUCCUGCUGGUACUCACACAAGAGAGAGAGUUGAAGAGUUCAAGGAGAAGUGUAGACAAUAUGACCUUGGAAAUGAUAAGAUCCUCAAUAUUAUUAACACAAGGCCAGCUUCAGUGGUUGAAAUAUAUGCGAUCGUAGAGGAUAAUGCUGACGAGCUAGUAGAGCUGGUUGCAGAGGUAUUGCCUCCUCCGACUGCAGCAUCCCCUAAACCUGAAGCAGGUACCGAUGAGAUUGAUGCAGAGACCAUGAACAUGGAACAAACUGAACAAAAUGAUGGCAAUAUAGAAUAGGUAACCUUGAUUUGGGAAAGGACCAAUGGAGACUAGUUGAUGUGGGUAUAGUAUAUUAGUAUUGACCAUUUUCUCAACUUAAAAGUCCCAUGUCUAAAACUUUUUGAUGAGCUAUAUAUAUUUAUCUUAUAUGUGAGUGAUUGUAAGUAGGAUUUACCAUUUCUGGUGUCACAUGAGACCUUGCACAUUAAACUGUGUUAUGUAUCCUUUGCAGCACUGUUUGCUUAAAUAGUUGAAUCCAUAUUCGUUUGUUCAGUAUGGGUUUUGCCUUGCAAUGAAAGUUUGUUUCUACGGAUUUUAGUUGGCUAUGAUAUUUUCUCUGUAAUCAAAUCAUCCAAUUG